AUGCUGGCAUGGCUGACGCGCUGCCUGCCGGGGUUUAGCAUCAUCGGCCUGGCAAUCCUCCUGCUGUGUGCCUUCUCCGACAUUUGCCAGUCUGCUCUGUGGAAGAGCUUCUUCCCUUCAAGUCCGGUCCAUCCCAGCAAACCCUCGCCGCAAGAUGGAUUCUGGAGCGGGCUCAACCUCGCUCAGGCCAUCUUCAUCGUCUAUGCAGUGCUCAUCCACUGCCACAUGCUCGGGUUUACGUUGCGCCUCGGAUGGUCCAUCUUGGGCGCGACUAGUAACGCAAAGCAGGCCUUCAAUCGCCGCAUCUGGCGCAGUCCUAUCCAGUCACCUCAAAUGUCUGGCGAGGAGCUAAUUGAGCAGCCUUUGUCCCCGAUCUCGCUGGCGUCCGACUCGUCCAUUUCCAAGAAGUUUGACGACGCCAAUAUCACCGUGAACGAGCUCCAUGAGGAGGAGCUGAUACACGCGAUUAUCCUUCCCAACUAUUGCGAGGAUUUGCACACUCUGGAGACCACUCUCAAGGUAUUGGCUAGUCACCCGCGGGCUAAAAGACACUAUGAGAUCUACCUGGCUAUGGAGCAGAAGGAGGCCACCGCUAGCGAGAAGGCAUCGCAUCUGAUGUCCAUGUUUGAAAAGUCAUUCCUGAACAUUCGACCAACUUUCCAUGCUACCGGUAUCCCGGGCGAAAUUGCUGGCAAGAGCUCUAAUGUGGCCUGUGCUGCGCGCGCAAUCAUUGAGGUUCAUCGCCCGGAGCUGAAGAUGGAUUGCUGUAAUGUCGUGGUCACGGUCAUGGAUGCGGACACUCACCUCUCGCGUGACUACUUUACCGAGAUUCGCCGUCUACACUAUUCGCACAUCACCGAGGCUGACCGGUCUCUUUACUGCUGCCCCAUCAUCUUUGAUCGCAACUCUCACGAGAGCCCUGCGCUCGUGAGAUGCGCUGAUCUGCUCUGGGGCUUCGCCGGCUUGUCCACCAUGUACCCCGGUACCUGGAUCUCCAUUCCCACCUCCGUCUACUCUCUGCCACUCUCCAUGGCCGAGAAGGUCGGCGGAUGGGACGCUGAUCCGACCGCCAUCGGUGAGGACAUGCACAUGCUGCUCAAGUGCUACUUCGAGACCGCCGGCAAUGUUAUCUCGCGCGUGAUCCACGUCCCCGCCAGCCAGUGCAAUGUUUCCGCCGACGGCGGUCGUGGCUGGCGCCGUACAGUCGACACCCUCUUCGCCCGGUACCGCCAGGCCCUGCGCCAUAUGUGGGGAGCUCUGGACUCGGGCUUCGCAGCCCGUCGCACAAUGAGCUACCUCCGUUUCAACCAGCGGUGUCUCUUCCUGCGCCCUCGUCACUUUGCCCUCCUCGAGCUUCUCUGGGAAGCGCACUUUAUGCCCUGCCAUCUCACCAUCAUCAUGCUGUUCUCCGUCAUAUACUCCAACUGGGUGCCAGCAUCACAACUGCACCCCUCGCUGGCCUGGGCCUUCUCCUUCACCGAUCUGCUUCGCGCGCUCUCCUUCAUCGGAAUGAACAUCUGUCUGAGUCUGUACGAGCGCUGGCAUACACUCUGCCUGAACUCUCGGAUGCAAGAUAUGCGCGAGGCCAAUCUCCCUGAUACUGGCUGCUCCCAGCGCAUCUGGUACCAACCCAAGUACCUGCUAGACCGAGUCUGCUUCCCCGUGGCGGGUACCGUCUUCGGCGCCGUGCCCACCCUGCAUGCCGUGUUUGCGCACUUCUGGACAGACCGCCUGGUCUACCGCGUCAGCAAGAAGCCGACUUUCAACACUGACGCAGCGGGCCUGGCGUAA